ACAAGGUUAAGUGAUAAUAAUGAUUAGGUCAUAAAGAUAAGGCUAAAAUUUGAACACUCCAAACUCAUCGGCAGAAUAUUUAGAAUGAAAUGUUUAAUAGGAAAGGUAGUAAGUGAAAAGUUCAGUUCAUAAAUAGAAAAUCAAAGCCGGAAGUGGAAAAAUCGCAUUUCUGCGAAUCAAGUUCUUAGGGGUGUAAAGAUGUAUGCUGCAAAGUGCUGUGUGUUCGUGGCCAUAGCUGUGUCCUUCCUGGCCGCGACUACAUUUUGUGAUCAAAAACAUAGAAUAAAUUACGUUGGACAAUCGGCUCCCUUAGAUGAUAGUAGUGAAACAGAAAAGCUGCGAUAUGUUGGCCAAGAGAUUCCUGAAAAUUGCACUGCAAAUUAUGUUUGUGAUCCGAAUUAUCGAAGUGAAAACAACCAGUGCUUACGUUGGACAGUAAAGAAAAUAGUCUGCAACAAAAGGCUUGUUCGAAUGGAUAUCCCUUCGUACGUCGAGGUGGUCACAAAGCGCCCAAGAGUGAGGGGAAGAAUGCGAGCAACCCAUAGACCUAUUAAUAUGAGGACAACAACCCAUGCUCCUGUUCCUCUUAAUGGAAGUCUUCUAGUUACACCUCCUCCAGGUGGAAACAUUCAAGGAAUAUCACCGGUUCACAUUAUUGACGUACCCUGUAUAACCGGAUUCCUACCCGAUCGAAAUGGGAGAUGCCGAGAAAUGUGGUGAAUCGGUGGUAAUUAAAUAUAUUGGCGGCUACUGGACGAAUGUUCCAUUUCAAUAUACUGAUUUAUUAGCAGUACAAAAUCAAUUUCAGGGAAAACUUUAUACACAAAAAGCACAUUUUCAAUAUUUGAAUGUUAGUCUUUAAGUAAAAAGAUUCAGUGAAUGUUUAAUACAUUAUACUCAUUUCUAUAUAUUUAUAUUUA